CCUGAAGGUAGUGGUAUAAGGCAUUCACUUCUGCAAUUUAAGAAGCACAGACAAAAAUGGCUUCCGUUUUGGGAAAAGUUGUUUCUCGUGGAAUUUCCACAACCCGAGUCGCUUCUGGCCAAGCUGCAGUUUCGGGCCAUCAAGAUGGCUGGAAGCUGUGGCGCAAGCUGACCUUCUUGGUUGCGCUCCCUGGUGUUGCUCUAUGUAUGUUGAAUGUCUAUUUGGGCUUGGAUGACGUUGAAGCUCACAGCGCCCCUCCAUUUGUUCCCUAUGAUUACAUGAGGAUUCGCAACAAGAGAUUUCCUUGGGGAGAUGGACAAAAAUCACUGUUCCACAACCCACAUGUCAAUGCUCUACCUGGUGGCUAUGAACACACUGAUGAGCAUCAUUAAGCAGGUGAUUUUUAGCUUGAAAAAUCACGAAGAUGUUAGUUAUUGUAAAAAUUGUCUUAAUACACCAGAAAAGGUUUAA